ACGACGAGUCUUAAGAAAGAACUAAGAAAAGUAAUCGAGGACAGGACAGGAGCUGGAUGAGUACCCGCAGGGAUAUGAGGAGUUUGGAGUUCCAUGUGGAAUGAAGAUAUGUUAGAAGACACCUGAGGGAGAGACUAGAUCUACAGAGACAGUGUAGAGGGGAGAGCUCAAUACAAGGUCAGCGCAUUCGCUUGGGACAUCAACGAGCAGCUGACGAUGAACGUGUCGGUGCGGUCGCUCACUGAUCCGGUGGGUAUUUUGCGCAUUGUGGCGCUCGUCCUGACCUGCAUGUCCUUUGGACUCGUGGCAUCAGUUGGGGUCACUGCGUCGGAGUCUUCCUACUGGGCCUGGUGCAUGUUUACCUGGUCCUUUUGUUGCUUUUUCACCCUCGCCAUCCUCAUCUUAGAGUUCACUACGCUCAGUGACAAGGUGCCGGUGUCCUGGGAGGACUUCACCACCGCCUUCGCCAUGCUGGCCGCCCUGAUGUGCCUGGCAGCGUCUGCCAUCUACCCCGCCUUCUUCACCUGCAGCACCUGCCCCCGGCAGAUAGGCGCCACCGUCACCUCAUGGUUCUGUUUCUUAACAUACGGCGCCGAGGUGGUGCUGACCCGCUUGCGGCCCCGCGGGCAGAUCAGCGGCUUCCUGUCCACCGUUUCAGGUCUCCUGAAGAUCCUGGAGACCUUUGUGGCCUGCAUAAUCUUCACCUCUCUGGACCCCGCAAAGUUCUCCGGGUCUCCGGGCCUGCAGUGGUGCGUGGCGGUCUACUGUAUGUGCUUCAUAUGGUCUCUGCUCAUCAUCCUGCUGACCAUUGGACGGCUGCUCUCGUACUUCCCGGUGUCCUUCGAGAUGGUGGUGACUGUGUCCAACGUGCUGGCGGCGAUGAUGUACAUGACUGCCAUGGUGAUCUGGCCCUUGUACGGCUUUCAAGGGAAUCUCAACAACAGUGCCCUGUGGAACAAGCUGCUCGUGGUCACCUUUAUGUCCAUUUUUAACUUCAUUGUCUACACCGUCGACAGUGUUUUCUCCAUACGCAUGGUGUUCUGGCCUCAAGCCUCAAGUUAGGACGGAAUACACCAUUCAUCAAACACAUGGGGGACACCUGACAUGGUACACAACCUUUGAAGGUAGUCCUCGGGCCAUGGACAUUUCUCGUUAUUUAUUCUUAAUACUAUAAUUCAAAAUACUAACACAAAAAUGUUAGAUUGCUUUAGCUAUUUUAUGAACUUGGAGCACUUUUAUUUUUAAAUGAUGCAGACAAUAGAGACACUUCGACAAUGAUUCUCUCUGCCAAUUUAUUAUCAAUGUACCAAUUAACCUUUGAAUUGAUGCAGACGACAUACCGACCGAUGAAGGUGUAUCCCAAGAACGCUGAGUGCAUUGUAAUGUUUGAACCUGAUACACCAGAACUGUUCCAUUCUGAUGCCUUGAUUUAGUUAAUACAGCUCGUCCUAUUCCAGGGUGACCAAAUCAUAUGAAUUACUUCCUGUGUGUCUUGAAAAGGAUCCAUUUAAAACCCACUUAGUAUCAAAUAUUAACAUUUGUAUAGAAAUAGCUUGCUUGUAAAAGUUGGUAGCUAUCUACAUAACGGUAUUCUAUUCGUUCCUUUAAUCAUAGCUUGUCUCAGUGCUUUUCAAACACUGUGUGAUUGAAUACAUUUGACCAAUAAAUAAAUAAUGAAUUGAA